AUGGACGGCAGUAUAAAAUUAGAGCUGUUAAACUACGCAGACACUUCGAGCAUAAGAGGAAUUUCGAAAUUUUUCAAAUCGAAAGAUGCUUUUUUAAAGACACUCUGGUUUCUUUCCUUCGUUGUAUCAAUGUCAUUCAUGAUUUACUUGCUCGACGAAUCAGUCGGCAGGUACAACAGGAGAUCUAUCACCACUCGAUACGGAGAAAAGAUUGGUAAGAACGUACAGUUUCCAGACAUCACUCUCUGCAAUUUGGACCCCUUUGCUGAAGGUUACACGGGGCUGCCUGUGAGUGCAUUUUUUGCUUCGGUAAGAAAUCACAAAAAUCUCGUCAUUGACGAAUAUAAGAAGAUAAUGGAAGCCAACAAAAAUCAGUCGCUGAAAGCAAUUGACGUGAAUAAAGUUUUUGAAAAAUUUGAUUCCGUUUCGGGCUUAAUAUUGAGUCUGAAUAAAAAUCGUCCAAAGUCAGACGACUGUCCGAAUUUUAUAACUGACUGCACGAUUUUCGAUUCGGACUGGUUUGAAAUCGACAGCCAGUGUUCAGCUGCCAACUUCACGAGACAUUGGAAUGCAAAUUAUUACACCUGUUACACUUUGAAGACGAGUGACCUGCAAAUUUCUAACUCAACUAUCAUUAGAGGAUUGUCAUUAUUGAUAAACAUUGGCCCACCAAACGUUGUUCAGAUCCCAUACAAAUCUUCUCUUACAAAUUCCCAGGCAAGGGGAGUGCAGGUGAGUGUGCACAAUCCCGACAUUCCUCCCGAUCUAAGACGUGGAUUCAGUUUGGCUUCUGGAACUGAAAACAUCAUCCAGAUUGUUCAAACGGAUGUAAUUCGUCAGAAUAAGGCCGAAAAUAAAGUUUCUUGCACCGAUAAGAGCAAAAUGCCUUUCCAAUCAUCCGUUAAAUACAAUAGCGACUUGUGCAAAGAUUACUGCCAGCAAAAGAUCAUCCAAAGGAAGUGUGGCUGUAUGACGCACUUGCUAGCCAUUCCAGAAGAUGAAAUCGACAAGGCGGAAUUGUGCGGUAACUUCAGUGCAUUUUUUUCAUUUUUCAUUGAUUCGGUUCCAUUUAACAAGGUGAUCUGCUCUUUGGUGAACAUCUCGCAAGAAGACAUAGAUUUUUGCAAGAAGGAGUGUCUGAUUCCAUGUAACGAGACGAAGUACGACACCUACCUGUCCUCGGCAACAUGGCCCCAGCCAUCGGUUCAAAUGGAUAUCUUCCGGAAUUUCAUCAAAAACUGCACCGGCACCCAUCACGACGUGAGGUACAGGUACAGAAACUACAAUGAAUAUGAUGAUUACGAAAAUCAAUUCAAACCUCUUCCUAUAAAAAACUUAACCCAAAUCCAAGAGUCUCUACUUGAAAUCAAAUUCGUGAUGAACCAAAACUCUCCAAAUUAUCAAUAUGAAAAGUUUACCUACACAUGGCAAGUCAUGACGGGGAACAUAGGAGGUAUGCUCUCACUGUGGACAGGCAUAACCGUUGUUAGUGCCGUCGAGGUUAUAGAAUUAGUGUACUUGGUGUUAAAACGCUGGUGGAAAAGCAAAAAAUUGGCUCCCCAAGCAAAAGAAAUUAAAAUUAAUGAGGAUGAUGAGAUUAAAAAUCCUAAAAACGAUUUUAUCGUAAAUUUUGGGAACAAUGAUAAUCAGUGA